UUGGUUGUUUGUUUUUUAAUACGCGAUCGGAGGGAAAGUUAUUUGUAGUGUACUCUUAACACACACCCACAUCACCACCCACACACACACACACACACACACACACACACACACACACACACACACACACACACACUGACCAUGUGAUAUGAAUGUCCUCUGCUCCGGUUCCACGGGGAGGAGGAGGAAGAGGAAGAGGGGGGAGGAGGAAGAGGGAGGCAGCAGUUUAAUGUAAACCUUCUCACUGAUGGUGCGGAGCGGCCAACAUCAGGAGUCUCUCUCUCUCUCUCAGUCUGUCCGGUGCAGCAGGUUUUUCCUCCAGAAUGUGCAAUUUCUCCUCUUUCCUGCGCGGAUUAUAACUCCGGGAGACCUCGGCCUCUGAUGGGGAGCAGCUGCAUUAACUAGUGGACAGACUUCCAUUAACUGCUGGCGGCCAGGUCACCGAGCUGCGCGCACUGUGGGCUCAUCCACCGACACCCGGCGGGAGGAGCGACUAUUAGUGUCCUAAAGUGGCACCUCGUUUUUUUCUUUCUUUUUUUUUUUCUGUCUUGUUUUUUUUUUUUUUUCCUUUCUCAUAGACAGACUGGAUCACGUGGACAGGUGACCUCGAAGCUGGCGCCUUAUCUGUCUCUUAAAAGCCUGGAGGGAGUUAAAGAGGUUUGUUAGGUAUUUUUCUGAUGACGGGACGAAUGGACACUUGACAGAACGCUGUGGCAUGGCUGCAAGAGUGUCAAUUGGCUGGGACCAUGUUGCUGUUGGCAGCCUGUGGGUUCAGCAACCGAGCAGCAGCAGCAGCAGCAGCAGCAGCAGCAGCCUCCAAACUGAGGGUUAACUUGUCACAGACACUCCCUCGUCAAAUGACUCUGUCCCCCUGACUCCUAUGUGAGUCAGGGGGCUGCGGGCCACAUCAUGGGCAACUCCUCCAGGAAGGGUGAGGGAGAGGAAGGAGAGGAGGGAGGAGUGGAGGGAGGGGUGGAGGGCGAGGAGGCAGAAGUCACCGAGGAGAAGAAGAAAGAGGAGGAGGUGGAGGAAGAGCUUCCACUCGGGGUGGAGGAGUUGUUUGACAGCGGGGACCCCGUGCUGGACUUGAGCUACCGCAAAUUUAAGCGUCUGCCGUCGCGCGUUCCUGGACUGAUGCAUCUGGAGAAGCUGUACGUUUGCGGGAACAGGCUGCGCACUCUGCCGGACAGCCUCUCCCAGCUGCAGGGUCUGCGGAUACUCGCCCUCGACUUCAACAAGAUGGAGGACGUCCCUCCGGCCGUCUGCCAGCUCACUAACCUCACUCGCCUCUACCUGGGCAGCAACAGGUUGAUGAACCUCCCGCCUGAGCUGAGGAACCUGCAGAGUCUGCGCUGCCUGUGGAUGGAGAGCAACUACUUCCAGAGAUUCCCACGGGAGCUCUACGACCUGCCCAACCUCAAGUCCCUUCAGAUUGGGGACAACCGGCUGAAGACGCUGCCCCCCGACCUCUGGCGUAUGGAGUCUUUGAGAGGAUUAUGGCUCUACGGGAACCGCUUUGACACCUUCCCCAGAGUCCUGCUGCGAAUGGAACACUUGGAGAUACUGGACAUGGACCGCAACAAGAUAACAGAGUUUCCCAGCCUGAAGCGCCUCCACGCCCUGCGCCUCUUCUCCUACGACCACAACCCGGUGGACACCCCUCCCAAAGUUGGCGACGAGGUGCUCGUGGUCGGGGAGGGCGCCGCAGAGUUCUUGGAGGCGCGCGAGGCCAAGUUUGAGAGGCGACGUAAGGCCGCAGAGAAGGAGGCCGAGGAGCUGGCUCUGGCAGGAGAGGAGCCAGUGAUUCACGGCAUCCUGAAGAACAGCAGCUCCAACUCCAAACAGGCGGUGAACGAAGCUGUGGUGACUGUAGGGGACGCAGACUUUAAAGAGGACGAGGCAAAAGAGCAGGAAGAGGACACGGAGCUGCCAGUGACGGAGUACGACGGGGCUGAACUCGUGUAUGACGAGGACGGGAUCGAGUAUGAGACGGAGGAGCUGAUAUGUGAGGGCGAGGGGUUUGAGUACGAGGGAGAGGAGCUGGAGUACGAGAGGGGUGACAUGGACUAUGAGUACGAGGAGCUGGAGGACACAGGGAGACAAGAUGAAGGAGCAUGAAGCAGGGCUGGGCGCAAAGGCCUUAAAAUAAUACUGCAAUAAUCUUAAUAGAGCCGACACUCUAUUUUAACAAUACUGAUAUUAGGGUGUAAAAACUUUCAAUAUUGAUAUAAUAGCUGGAAUAACUAUAUUUUUUGCAGUGCUUCUUGAAAUAUACUCAAACACUUGUGACAAAUAUCCGUCACAGAGGCAGGAUAUUCAACUUUAUUGUCUUAAAAGACAUCAGUGCACUGAAACAGUAAACAUGACGGGGAAUUUAUGAUAAUAAAUGACCCCAAGAAUCUUACUCUGCUUUUUAAUGCAAAAAAAAACCCCAAACUUUUUUCAUAAUGGGGCAUAUUGGACAGCAUAGACGCCAAUACUGAUAAAUCAUUGAUGCAUUUCACCAAUAUGGGAAAACUGAUAUCAGGUAGGCUUUAAUUUAUUGGCUGUAUCGUGAUACAAAAUAUGUAUCUUGAAGCACUUCAUGCAAGGACUGGGCCACAAAAUCCAAUUUCAAAAUCAUUUUUUGACCAAAUCUUGAUAUCAAUGUUGCAAAAAUAUUGUAGAGAUAAGUUUUGACACUAGGCAUGAGAUGAUAUGAAAAUGAUGUGCCACGAUGAUCCUGUCCUACAUACAGGUAAUCGUGAGUCACGAUUUUAUCACGAAAAUCGUCAAAAUGUUCCUAAAUCUAAAAAGCAAGAGCUGAAAUUGCCCUUUAAACAUACUGGAAUCACUUAAACCUGACUUUUUUUGUUUUGUUUUGUUUUAGAUAGGACACAAUGAUAGAAUUUUAAAUCAGUAAUAAUUUUUUUAAGUUAGGUGUCUUUUUUUCUUACGCAAUAACCUAUUCCUCUUAUGACUUAGGAUAUCUCGAUUCACCACAAUAAAUUUAUUGUGUUUUUUAUCGUCAUCCAUGAUACGAUCUUUUAUCGUCUCAUCUCUAAUUGCUACACUAAUUAACACAUGGAUAUACUUAAUUGAACUGGAAUGGUCCUCGAGUGCAUACCUCCGCAAACUUUUGUGCUCAGUCAUAAAUACCAGCCACGUAAUAUGCCUGAUUUCUUUCAUCAAGAUCCAUGCAUCACUAUUAUUAACCUUAAACAAAAGUAAUGAAAAUGCUGAAAAGCAGCCUAACAAAGUCCUAGAUCCAUACCGCACAGUAGUGCAUUGUUUAAAACCAGGGAAAGACAACACUGAUAUAUGGUCUCAUAUCACGUAAUGAUGUAAUAUUGCCACUCUGCCCAGCCCUGGCAUGGAGGACCCUUCAUACAUCCAGACUCAGAUGAUCUGCGGGCAGGUGGAGGUGGAUGGAAAAUCACAGGGGGAGCGGUGGGACUAUCCUAACUGAGCUGCUAAUUCCUAAUUUAUUGUUAACUGUGAAAAUAAAUGAGGCAUUAUGACACUGUAAACUGACAACACCUGCGACAUCUCAAUCAGCUGCAAAUGACCAAAAAAGAUCAGAGCAGGACUCAGGAGGAGUGUGUGGUUACGUGUGUGUGUGAGUAGUGAGUCUGUUUUACAUUAGUGUUGUUUUCUGAGUGUACGCAGGAGACCGAGUCUCGCAUUAUUAAAUAUUAACUGAGCUGAUGAAGUCACUGUCAAUCAUUUAUGUGAAAGUAUGUCUUAAUUGGGAGCUGGUGAACGUGUCAGCGGCGGCGAACGUUUACACGACUGACUCACUGUAGUAUU